AUGGACACGCAGCUAUUUCGAGAAUUGGCAUCCGAUCUUCCCAUGCCUUCACGCUCCGACAGUCUUGAAAACCAUAGAGAAAGUCAGCCAAAAGGGAUGGAGUCGGUGAGCCGACUAGAAUUGAUGAUCCUCCGCUCUGUUGUAUCUAUUUCUCUCGGUGACAAUCGACAGAAAACGUCGUCUGAGUCGAAACUUAGUCCCGUUCCAUCGGUCUUGGUAUUUCGAUCCAUUCAGCAUGUGAUGCAAGAUGUACAAAGUCUUCUCGAAGAGCCAACUAGCUUGCCACUGCUACAAGCAGCAUUUGCCGCUCAACUUGCACUGGCGUCUCUUUUGCGCUUGAAUGCUGCCUCACGGGUAGGGGGUGUUAUUACCCGCACUGCAUUCCACCUCGGGUUGCAUCGUUGCCCAAGACGGUUCUCUUGCUUUGAUAACGAGGAAGCCGAUAUUCGUUGUAGGUUGUUCUGGUCGAUUUAUUCUCUUGAAAGAUAUCUUUCUCAGGCCCUUGGCAUUCCGCUCUCCAUUCGAGAUGAUGACAUUGACGUGUGCUACCCCGGUGUCGAGAGACACUCUUCAACAACUGUCAAAGCUUCCGACGAUCGUAGGUUGCACUUAUUGUGUUAUCUUGCGAAAUUUGCACGGAUUCGAGGUUUGAUUGUUGAACUUCGCAAUAAGUCCAUUCUCCACAGUCACGCCAGCCAAACUGAAUCAGCUCAUGUUACUGGAGAACUAGCGCAAUGGUGGAAUGAAGUUUAUGACGACGUCAACCCUAUUGAUGAGCCAGCAGAAGCUGGUCUAGACCAAGAGCCGACCUUGCAUCCAUAUCACCGACUACUCCUGAUGAUCCUGAGACACGAAGCUAUCAUCUCGCUCAAUCGACCUCUCUUAGCAUCCGAGAAGCCCAGCGCGGAUUACAAAAACGCUUUGCAGACUUGUAUUGGAUCCUCUCGAUCUAUACUUGCGGCAUUGAAAAAGCACAUGUCUUCUGAACCGAAAUCUCCGCUCUCCUGGCCAGGUUUUACAUGGUCAACGUGGAUGGCCUGUUUGAUUUUGAUGUAUGCUGCAUGGGAAGAGGAAUUCCCUACGUCAACUGCGCUCAAAUAUGCGAGAAUAGGGAUUGCCAUUUUGGAAAAUCUAUCAUUGCGCGGUAGCAGCUGGCCAGAGACCUGCAUCGAGGCGAUCAAAGGCAUGGAAUCCGCUUUUGAGUCACAGAAAUCGAAUAGCCAGCAAGCCAAGGCUACAGCCGCAUUUUCCGGCACCGAGAAAUCAGCCCAACCCCAUACCCAAGCUACAGCAUGGAUAGAUAAACGGGUAUCACGUAUGCUGCCGGUUCAGGAUGGAGAUAAUGAGAUUGACGAUACAGGUGUCUCACCAAUUCGACCUCAAGCUUUAGCGCCGAAUGGGUACAAUAGCCGCCCAGUCUCUACUGCAAUUACUCCAUCUCAAUCAUCAAUUCGCUCUCCUCUCCAAGGCCUUGGCCCUGCAGGAAACUACGACUCUGCCGUUUUUUCACCGUCUGAUACUAUCGGUAACUUUGCCGAAGUGCUAGACCCCGCUGAGAACUAUCUAAAUGGACAGUCUUCAGCUGGACUUGUUUUCGGCAACAUAGCUGAGGGAAACCCUGCUUUUAAUCCGAGUUUUGCUGGUCAAGACUCUUUGCCAUUUUCAUCAUCUAUGCUCAAUGAUCUCUGGAGCGUGGCUGAUGGCCCAUGGAUGAUUCAUAAUAACUUUUUGUGA